CUUUACAAAUACAUAUGUACAUACAUCUGCGCCGGAAAGAAAUCGUAAACAAACAAUCGGUCAAUUUUCAACCCCGUUGAUAUGCAUAACAACCCUUCAAACAAUCGUCUGAAUAAACGCAGGCGUUGAUUUCGAACAAAAGUCUGUCACGUUCCACAAAUACUCCACAAAGCAAACUGUUGGUUAGGAGUUGGUCUGCGUUUGACUUGUUUUCAUACGUCAAGAUUGUAUUGAUUUUUCGUGAAUCCACUUAGAAGUUCUUUUUGAUGAUGCUGAUUCAUACUUUGCACUGAAGAUUUACUUACAAUUUCAAGUUCAAAUUACCAACAACAAAAUAUUAAAAAAAAAUAUAAAUUAUUAAAAGCUACGAGGAGUUUUGGAAUGUUGCGAAUGCACAAAUAACACAAAGAGCAAAGGAAGCAAAAUAAAAUUCAACACGUUUUCCAUAUUCAAUAAAGAGACACUGAAUAAAUACUGCGAUUGCAAGUAAAGUCUACAAAGACGUCUUAAGUCAUUUCGUAUUAUAAAAUAGUAAAAUAAUAACGUAUAAAUAACCAAGUAUUAGUCAUUGAAACCGUAAAACGAAAUGGCUUUGGACUUUGUGGCGACGUAUAAAGUGCUGGUGCUAGGUGAUUCCAAUGUGGGUAAAACAUGUAUAGUUCAUAGAUACUGCGAUGAGAAAUACUACGACACAUACAUCUCUACUAUAGGCAUCGACUUCAAACAGAAAUUAAUCAAUUUGGAUGGUGUGCCAAUAAAGUUGCAAAUUUGGGACACAGCUGGACAAGAAAGGUUUCGUACAUUAACCACGGCCUACUAUCGUGGGGCGAUGGGUAUCCUAUUGAUGUAUGAUGUGACCAAUUUGGAGAGCUACAACAAUUUAUCUUAUUGGCUUCGAAAUAUACAAGAGAACGCGUCACCGGAUGUUGUUAAAGUCUUAGUGGGCAAUAAAUGCGAAUGUUCCGCUACUCAACGGGCGGUUGAUAAAGAAAGAGGAGAAAAAAUUGCUGAAAACUUUGAUAUGCCCUUCUUUGAAGUAUCCUGUAAAUGCAACAUUAACAUUGAAGAGGCUUUUCUAGCAUUGGCACGAAAAAUCAGGGAGCAACGCGAACGUCGGGGGGAUAAUUUUGAUAACGACGAUAAAAAUCAGGACAAAAAAUCUCCCGGCUCCAACGGUCUUGGUACCUUCAGUUUGGCCAGUCUCUCCGAAGGAAAUCGCUGUUCCUGCUAAGCCGAACAGAAAUAUUCCACAUACUCAUAAGGAAAUAUACGUCCAUUAGAGUGCUGUAGUGGAAUAUGUACUUCCAUGCCUAACUUACAUA